AUUCAUUAUGUGGUCUCUCACUGUGUGCCUCUUCCCUUCUGACACUACAGUGAGCUCCCUUUCUCUCUUUGUCAUCUCCCUCCAUCUAUAGCCUAAGCUUGAUUCCUGAUAGUGCAAGCAAAGCAAACACCCCACACUUUAUCUUUGUUUGGUCACAGCCCCCCUGAGCCUUUCUCUGUUCUCCUCCGUCUUGUUCCAACCUUUUUGCUCCCUCACUACUGCUGUAAGACCACUAUUUAGUGUCUCAACCACAACCAUACUACCAAACCAUUUCAUUUUUAUCCUUCCAACCCUUUGGCCUCGUUUGUUUUCCUUCUUCUUGCCAUGGGAAGCACAAUGGAAAACACUCUGAAUCUUCCUAUGAAGGAAGCCAGCCAGAGCUUCUUGGAGUAAAUUGCAGUCAGUUUUCAAAGCAGUCAUUUGGAACAAACACUCGAGUCCUCGAGCAUCUCUUCCACUUCUGGUGUCUCCUAUCUCCUGCUGGGUCUUCUGGUUUGGAAGUGGUGGAGGUGUGUCUCUGGAUAAGGUUCCCCUGAACCAUGGAGCUCAAGUUUUCUGUCAAAAGGGCAAGGAAAAGCAAUCAUUAAUAGCUGGAAUUUUGGUUCUUAAGGUUGGUCUAUUUCAAAUUCUCAAUUGUCCUUCCUUUCAGCAAAAAAAGAAAUCUUGAGCUUGACCUGUUUCCUUGUUGAGUGGAGGUCAAAAAGAACACUACAAAAGGAAAUAGCACAAAUAUUGAGAGAGAAUGGAUCUUUCUGGCCAUGAAAAAGAGAUCCCAAUCCCAAUAAACAGUUCAUAUUUUGGUGGUCAUGGCCAGGCCCCUGGCCACAGCAGCAUCCAUGACACCCCUCCCAUCCACCACUCGUCCAAUGGCACUGCUUCUCCCGUCUCCACUGACACCAGAGAGGACCACCACAACGCUAAAUCCUUCAGCACUAAGAAAGGGGUGGUGGUGAAGUACAGGGAGUGCCUCAAGAACCAUGCAGCAUCCAUCGGUGGGAAUGCCACUGAUGGCUGUGGUGAGUUCAUGCCAAGUGGUGAGGAGGGAACUCUAGAGGCCCUGAAGUGCUCUGCUUGCAGCUGCCACAGGAACUUCCAUAGGAAAGAGGCAGAAGGAGAGCCCUCGUGCGACUGCUUCCAACCCAUUAGAUGGAGCAAGAUGAUGGGUGCAUUUGGUUACAGCCCUGCAAGCCGUAGCUUCAUUCCAAGGGCUACACCACACAGCAUGAUCAUGCCUUUGGGUGCCAUGCAGGCCUCUGAGUCUGAUGAGAUGGAAGGGGUGGUGGGCGGGGUGAUGGCAAGGCCUCCCAUGGUGAAGAAGAGGUUCAGGACCAAGUUUACCCCAGAGCAGAAGGAAAAGAUGCUGAGCUUUGCUGAGAAGCUGGGGUGGAGGCUUCAGAAGCAGGAGGAGAGUAUGGUGCAGCAGUUCUGCCAGGAGAUUGGGGUGAAGAGAAGGGUCCUCAAGGUGUGGAUGCAUAACAACAAGCACCACUUGGCAAAGAAGACCUCCCUCCAGCUUGACUAACCAAUGAUUCCCAUCUCAUCUUCUCACUCCUAUUCUUCUGUUAAUUUAGUGUUUUUUUUUCUUUCAGGAUUUGCAUGUUAGCUUGUUAUAAUUAUUUUGUCUCGUGUCACUCAGAUUGGAGUUCAUUAAGCUUAGAUGUUGCUUAUUUCAA